AUGAGUUCCGACGAUGAGUUCCAACAAUUGGUGGAUAGGGAGUUCGAUGAACUCGUUCAAGAGGUGCAAUGGGAAGCAGAAGAGGAGGCGGCGGCGGCGGCGUUCGUUCGCCCGUUCUAUCAUCGGCGGACCAUCUGCCGUGACCAUGUCGGGGCACACCAGCGGUUGAUGAAAGACUACUUUGGCGACAACCUCCGUUACCCAGCAGAGAUUUUCCGUAGCCGCUUCAGAAUGUCGCAACGGUUAUUCAUCCAUAUAGCGACCACAUUGGCGCAACGGUAUAGGUGCUUCACAUUGCGCAGUGAUGCUAGCGGCCGACCCAGGUUGUCGACAUAUCAGAAGUGUACCACUGCAAUUAGGCAGCUUGCCUAUGCCGGACCCGUUGAUAUGUUCGACGAAUACCUACAGUUGGGUGAAACAACUGCCCUAACGACGCUGAGGCAGUUUUGUAAUUGUAUCCAGGCCAUCUUCGGUCCGGAGUAUCUACGGAAGCCAACUGCCGAUGAGUGCCAGAGAUUGAUAGAUAUGCACGGGAUAGUGCAUACUUUUCCGGGAAUGUUGGGCAGCAUCGAUUGCAUGCACUGGGAGUGGAGGAACUGUCCGGUUGCUUGGAAGGGGCAGUUCACAUCUGGAUUCAAAGGGAGACACCCAACAAUGAUACUGGAAGCUGUUGCUGACUACCGAUUGCAAAUCUGGCAUGCAUAUUUUGGUGUCACAGGGUCGAACAACGACAUCAACGUACUGGAUUCGUCUCAUCUCUUCAAUGAUGAGUGUCGGGGUGAGGGUCCGACUGUCAGAUUCACUGCCAACGGGACGCAGUACAACAUGGCAUACUACUUAACCGAUGGGAUAUACCCUCGUUGGCCCGUGUUUGUCAAGACGAUCCGGCAGCCGGUUGGGCCGAAACAAUCCUAUUUCGCGGCCAAACAAGAGAGUGCUAGGAAGGACGUUGAGCGUGCUUUUGGUGUCCUCCAAUAG